UCCCUGUAUCCACUGAUUUCGCUCAUCAGUUCGCUGGCUCACCAGUGUUGUACCAUUUCUCUGAAAAAGAUCAAGUUUCAAACAUAAAAUAUUUGGGAAAUAAAGUAAGCAAAAGUGGCUUUCUUUAACUUCAUUGUCUACUUGACUAUACUGUUUAGUCUAGAAUUGUUUUUGGUCCAUGAUGCUUCGCCAAUUCGUCAAAUGGAAGAAGGUCAUAGAUGGGUUCUUGUGAAGAAACCCUGUGACAGAGAUGCAUGGAGCCCAACUUUGUCAUCAUCAAAUUCAGGGUCUAAUUCGGGUCCGGGCCCUCUUAAGAUUAGGUUCAAUGAACCAGCUAAGUAUUGGACUGAUGCUCUUCCCAUUGGUAAUGGUCGUCUUGGUGCUAUGGUCUGGGGGGGUGUUCCAGCCGAAGUUCUCAACCUUAACGAGGACACACUUUGGACGGGCAUUCCUGGGGAUUACACUGAUCCAAAUGCUCCAGAAGCGCUAGCUGAGGUCAGGAAACUUGUUAAUGAAGGCCAAUAUGCAGAAGCUACCAGUGCAGCAGCACAGUUAUCGGGAGAACCAUCUGAGGUAUACCAACCCCUUGGAGAUGUCAAGAUAGAGUUUGACGAUUCCCAUACUAAAUAUGACAAAGAGUCAUACCACAGGGAACUGGACUUGGAUACUGCAACAGUAACAGUAAGAUAUUCAGUAGAUGAGGUAGAAUUUACAAGGGAGCACUUUGUCUCUUAUCCAGAUCAAGCAAUAGUAGUAAAGAUUUCUGGAAACAAACCGGGGCGUUUGAACUUCACUGCAUCGCUGGACAGUGAAUUACAUCACCGUUCAUAUGCAAACGGCAAAAGUCAGAUUGCUAUGCAGGGAAGUUGUCCUGGCAAAGGAAUUGCAUCUGAAUCAUUAGAAGAUGAUGACUAUCCUGAAGGAAUUCAGUUCUCAGCUUUUCUUGAUUUACAGAUCAGUGGUAGUAUGGGUACAUUACAUGUUUUAGAUGACAAGAAACUUCAUGUUGAGGGUUGUGAUUGGGCCAUCAUCAUGUUGUCAGCAUCAUCUUCAUUCGAUGGCCCAUUUAUCAAUCCUUCUGAUUCCCAACGCGAUCCCAGUUCUGAGGCUCUUAGCACAUUGAAUUCAAUAAAAAGAUUUUCUUAUUCUGAGGUGUACUCUCGGCAUGUGAGCGACUAUCAAAAUCUUUUUCAUAGUGUCUCACUGCAGCUCUCAAAAAGCUCCAAAAGUUCAAUAGGAAAUGGCUGCAACUUAACUAAUAACUGUUUGGCUGGAGGUCAAAAACAGUCAAUUUCAACUGCAGAUAGGGUGAAAGCUUUUAAAACAGAUGAAGAUCCAUCUUUGGUAGAGCUUCUGUUCCAAUUUGGUCGAUAUCUGCUUAUUUCUAGUUCACGCCCUGGAACUCAGGCAUCAAACCUGCAAGGGAUAUGGAACAAAGAUAUUCAUCCAGCGUGGGACUGUGCUCCUCACUUGAAUAUCAAUCUACAAAUGAACUAUUGGCCUUCUCUUCCCUGCAAUCUUAAGGAGAGCCAGGAGCCUUUAUUUGAUUAUAUAUCUUCUCUUUCAGUGAAUGGACAUAAAACUGCUAAGGUAAACUAUCAAGCAAGUGGUUGGGUUGCUCAUCAGAUCUCUGACAUAUGGGCAAAAUCAUCCCCAGAUUUUGGUCAACCGGUGUGGGCAUUGUGGCAAAUGGGUGGAGCAUGGUUGUGUACCCAUUUAUGGGAGCAUUAUACAUAUACAGUGGACAAAGAUUUUCUCAGAAAUAAGGCAUAUCCUUUGUUGGAAGGAUGUGCUGCUUUCUUGUUGGACUGGUUGAUUGAAGGCCCUGAGGGUUAUCUAGGAACCAAUCCAUCAACCUCGCCCGAGCAUAAUUUUACUGCACCUGAUGGUAAGCCUGCCAGUGUCAGCAAUACUUCAACUAUGGACAUGGCUAUCACUAGGGAAGUUUUCUCUGCCAUUGUAUCUGCUGCUGAGGUGUUAGAUAAGAGCAAAGACAUUCUGAUUGAAAGAGUUCGUAAAGCUCAGCAACGUCUUUAUCCAACCAAGAUUUCUACGGAUGGAACCAUCAUGGAAUGGGCAAAGGACUUCAAGGAUCCUGAGGUGCAUCAUAGGCAUUUAUCACACUUAUUUGGCUUGUUCCCUGGUCAUACAAUAACUCUGCAGAAAACUCCUGACCUCUGUAAAGCAGCAGAAAAAUCACUACAGAAAAGAGGGAUAGAAGGUCCAGGAUGGUCAACUACAUGGAAAACUGCUUUGUGGGCGCGUCUUCAUAACAGUGAGCAUGCAUAUGAGAUGGUCAAGCAUCUCUUUGAUUUAGUGGAUCCUGAGAAUCCGAGAAGUUUUGAAGGUGGACUUUAUAGUAACCUCUUUGCCGCACAUCCUCCUUUCCAGAUUGAUGCAAACUUUGGCUUCUCUGCAGCCUUGGCAGAAAUGCUCGUUCAGAGCACCAUGCAAGAGUUAUACUUGCUCCCUGCUCUACCUCGAGAUAAAUGGGAUAGUGGCUGCGUCAAAGGCUUGAAGGCGCGGGGCGGUGUGACUGUUAGCAUGUGCUGGAGCGGAGGAGAGCUCGAUGAAGUUGGCCUUUGGUCUGAGGAUCACAACGUCACAAAAAGAUUACAUUAUGGAGGGACUUCUGUCACCACAACAUUAUCUUGUGGCACAGUUUACACGUUCAAUAAGCACUUGCAGUGUGUGAGGUCGCAUGCUCUUGAAUAAGCUUUUCGCUGGGGAGAAUAGGAAUGAAUAAGUUGGUCAUAUUUAUUACUACUACUAUUUGAACCUAACUAAAAGGGGGCUUUUGCUGGUUCUCUCUGUCUAAGUUCUUCUUGGAUCCUCAUCUUUUCUUAAUCCCCAGUUAUAAUUCCUACUUGGUGGU